UCUUUCGCUGUCACCUGCUGUCGUCCUAUCACUAUCACUGUCGCUUUUCCCUUGCCUUUUGUCCUCCCACUGCUCCUCUGAAUACAAGUCAGAGCAAACUCAUCAAGUAGCCGCCUGGUUUGCGCCUACAUUCGAAACGACCUGAUGGUCCUCGCUUUUAAGAUACACGCAAUGCUACGCCUCUUCAUCCUCGCAUCGGCUGUUCCAAUCCUUAUCACAGCCGCCUGGAUCCCGCAGCGUGAUGCUUUGGACGCUCCGGCCCACUUUGGCUUUCCCGGCGGGUCGACGUCCUCGCUGUACCGUCGCUUGACAACGCGCUGCCGAGUCACUCCUGAGGGACAGCCAUGGGACGACACGCUCCUCAUUGCCGCUCGUUCCACCGAGCCACGGGACAAUACGUCGGCGACAUCGGAGCUGCUGACGGCGGGUUCCAACAACUUCACAGGCAAGCCUGUCCAGCAGAUGCCGUCUUUUCAAUACGUAGAAGCAGACUUUGUCCCGCCUCUGUGCUUGAAUGUCAAGUUCGUCUGCUACUUCUUGCAGUCGGGAGUCUGGCGAGAUGCCGGUCCCUUCCCUCAGCAAGCCUUCCUUCGCGGUGACAACACAACGGUCCUCGUCUAUCCGUACUACAAGCCCGCCGUCCAUUUCAGCGGCACAGCUGGAGGCUCAGGUCUCAUCUACGCCGCUCACGGCUGCAUCCUGUUCUGCGGAUAUGGCAAGAUGUGGAUGGAGUCCAACUACACGCGGCAGACCGCACUGGGCGUCCCUGGCGAGAAUCAGCCUUACUGCGCCGUUGACUGGACACGCUGGGAUAACAUUUGGGUCUACAAUCUCGAAGAGAGCGCCGAAGGAGAUCAGUAGCUGCGCUGAGCUUUGCCCUUGCUGGUCAGGAACGAUUGCUUGCAAAUUGCUUGAGAGGGGUAUGGACUGUCAAUAUGCUACUGUGAACAAUCUUCGAUGCUGCUCCGUCACCGUCGUGCCUUGCAGAUGUCUUCGACCCCUCGCUCAGCCGCCAUGAAUGCGCCGGCCAGAUAUCCUGUGAAUUCCGGGCUCGCCUCGCUGACGAUAAGUCGCACUUUUCCUUCCAACGACGACCCCUCGAUCGUGUACGAAGGACCUGGCCCUCGCCCGCCAUCCACCCUGGCAUCAGCCUCGGUAGCAAUGAAUGGGUCGCGCGACCAAUCCUUGAUGUAGUCUGC